AUGGACAUGGAAAUUAAGGAUUUCGAUAAAUUCUCAGGAUUUAGAAUUAACUGCACAAAGGAUUUGGUUUUUAAGGGAAGUAUAAGUGCCAUAGUAGGCAUGAUACUAGGAAUAAUGUGUUCUCUCAUAGUUAACUGUACAUUAGUUGAGGUUUCCUUGUCGAAAUUUUUUUCUAUGUAUUUUGGUAUACUAUUUAUCGUUGUUGGAAUUAUAAUUUUUUGGAGGCUUAACGCGAAUGUGAUUGAAGAAGCUGAAAAUAGAAGAAAUCAAUUGAUGAUCCUAGCAGGACUGAUUGUUUUUUCAGGAAUUCUGUGUCUCUUUUUUGAGCGUUCAUGGCUUUUUUCCCUAUCCCCCUUAUCAAAAGUUCCCAUUUAUUGCGUUCUCGGAAUUAGCAUUUCUUUCGCAUUAACAUUCAGUUUAAUAGAUUUGAUUAAUUAUCUAAUUGGAUUUAUUCAAGGGUCGAUAACGAGACCAUUGAUUGAAUCAGUAGCGCAGGUUUAUUUGAUUCUGUUGUUUACAAUAACAAUGGGUGGAAUAUUCGGGUUUAUUUUUGGCUUGCUUGAUGUAGAAGAUGAAUCAUCCCAUCAUAUUCGCUUGGCUCUGAUGAAGGCAGAAAACUGUUGUUUUCCCUUAGGGGCUAUUCUAGGAGGAUUAGCAGGAUUUGGAAAUGAAGUUUUUAGGCAACAAAGUGAAGCCUACAAAAUUGAAAACGUUACCGAAUUUGAUGAUGAAGUUUAG